AAGGCUUACGACCGAGAUUGAGAACCGAGAGAACACAGAAAUAGUAAGGAGCGAGUUGCAACGCGAAUACUGCACACGGAACCUUGAUUAUGACCCGGAAGAAUACUUCUAGCAUCGUUUAUCCCAAAUGUGUUGUUUUUGACCUGGAUUACACGCUGUGGCCUCUGUGGAUAGAUACCCAUGUGACACCGCCUUUUCGUGCUGAUGAAAAGAAUUCUAGCAUUGUGUGGGACCGAUACGGCACAGCCAUCCAAUUCUACGACGAUGUAGUGGCCAUUCUGCAAGAUUUACGGGACCAUGGAGUUUCGUUGUGUUUGGCUAGUCGAACAUGUGAACCUAAAUACGCGUUUCGAGUGCUGGAUUUAAUGAAAGUUACCAUUGACGGAAAAAAACAACCAGCCAAGAACUUUUUUGCUAUCGCAGAGAUUUAUCCAGGAAGCAAGAUUACGCACAUGCAGAACAUCAGCAAGAAGCUGAAUAUAGAAUACAAGGACAUGUUGUUUUUCGACGACGAAUCAAGAAACCGUGAGGUAGAACGUCUGGGAGUAACAUUCCAGUUGUUACCUGAUGGACUCAACAAAGCCUCCAGCCUGGAAGGCUAUCGUGCCUUCGCAAUGCGAAAUGGCUUGAGCAGAUAAAAAAUAGAUAGGUAACAAUGCAACAGAACUGCGAGCAGAGAAACAUUCUGCGCUUCACACAUACGACGGCGAUUGUCGGCAGUUUUUGCCUUCUAAG